AUGGAGGGUUACCGUCGGUGCAACAACUAUGGCAAGGAGGGCCACUUUGGGAAGGACUGUCCCAACCUUGCUAGGGCAGCAACACGCCCUCCAGCUCAGACUCCCCAUCAGCAUCAGAGGAGGGACAGAGGCAACAGGCCUCAGGCAACAGGCAGGGUGUAUGCUAUGACAGGAGCAGAGGCGACUGGUUCAGGUAACUUGGUUAUGGGUUGCUGCUUGAUAGCUGGUGUGUCUUGCUGUGUGUUGUAUGACUCUGGAGCGACACACUCCUUUGUGUCAGAUAGUUGUGUGAAACGUCUGGGUUUGUCAGUAUGCGAGCUACAGUGCGAGCUUGCGGUGUCUACUCCGGCGUCGGGAUUGGUCACGACGUCGUCUUUGUGUGUUAGGUGUCCAGUGGAGAUAGAGGGACGCAGGUACAAGGUGAAUCUAAUCUGCCUGCCUUUGCAAGACUUGGAAGUGAUCUUAGGGAUGGAUUGGCUAUCUGCCAAUCGCGUCCUUAUAGACUGUCGGGAGAAGAGGUUGUUGUUUCCCGAUUCAGAGGAGCUCGAGUUGGUGUCCCCUCAGGGGGCGGUGAGGGAGAUUCAGAGUGGCGCGCAGUGCUUCAUAAUCUUCGCCCGUAUAGAGGUGGGAGAGGGAGAGAGACCAUCAAUCAUACCUGUGGUGCAUGAGUUUGAAGACGUAUUUCCGGAUGAAGUACCAGGGUUGCCUCCCAGUAGAGAAGUGGAGUUCUCUAUUGACCUGGUACCAGGGACGGGUCCAGUAUCAAUGGCUCCAUAUCGCAUGGCUCCGACAGAGUUAGUGGAACUCAAGAAACAGAUAGAAGAGCUGAUGGAGAAGCAGUUUAUUCGACCCAGUACUUCGUCGUGGGGAGCACUAGUGUUGUUAGCCGAUGAUGUGCAGAAGACGGCCUUCCGAUCCCGGUAUGGACACUAUGAGUACGUGGUUAUGCCUUUUGGUGUGACCAAUGCUCCCGCAGUGUUCAUAGACUACAUGAACCGGAUUUUCAGACCCUUCUUAGAUAAGUUUGUCGAGGAGCAUGAGGAACACCUGAGGAUGGUGCGUAGUGUUCUGAGAGAAAAACAGUUGUAUGCCAAGCUGUCCAAGUGCGAAUUUUGGAUGGAUGAAGUGCAGUUCUUAGGGCAUGUGAUAUCUGCACGAGGCAUUGUAGUGGACCCCGCAAAGGUCGAGGCAGUGGACCAACCCUUCACUUGGACGGAUAAGUGUGAGGAGAGUUUCCAGGAACUGAAGAGGAGACUGACCAGUGCCCCGAUACUAGUGAUCCCAGACAUGGGGAAGCCUUUUGAGGUCUUUUGUGACGCCUCUCAUCUUGGACUUGGUUGUGUUUUGAUGCAAGAAAAGAAGGCGGUGGCGUAUGCCUCGAGACAGCUUAAGGAUUAUGACUUCGAGCUUCUAUAUCAUCCAGGAAAGGCAAAUGUAGUGGCAGAUGCUCUGAGUAAGAAGACGGUACACACGGCACAUCUCAUGAUAAAAGAGGUAGAACUACUAGAGAAGUUCAGGGACAUGAAGAUACAGGUGGAAUUGGGGUCCGAGUCCAUUAGAGAGAGGCAGUUGCUGGAUGCCAGUCUGAACAGAGUCAGGGAACAGCUUGGGUCGGACGAGGUUAGAGACUUUGCCGUGAGUGAUGAUGGUAUACUGAGAUUUCAGGACAGGAUCUAUGUACCUAAUGAUGCAGAGCUGAGGAAGUACGUGUUUGACCCAGCUCAUGUGUUAGAAGCCGAAGAUAUACAGAUCAAGGAAGACCUCACCGUGGAAUAUAGUUUCGUAGCCACAGUGGGAAACUCUGUAUUAACUCGUUUAACCGCUGUUCCAGUUUGCGAGUCGGGUCCUGGAGCUGCUGUGCUCCUUGACUCCGUGUCGGAGUCCCGUACAAACCCAUUUCCAGGUAGGGAAGCUAAAACCUUCUCUUAUGCCAUGUUUUCUUGUGGUUUGAUUGUCAUUUUGAGUUUGCACGUUUGGUAUGAUGAUAUACUGGUUUGGGUACAUGAAUCUGUGGUUGAAUCUGUUGUUAAAAUUUGUUGUUUGGCUGGUGUGAGGGACUUCUUCAGGAGAACAGCGGCGAGACCUGCAAAUCUCGCCCAAGCGAGUCAGUUUCGCCUAGGCGAGAUGAGCAAGGACUCGCCCAAAUCCCAAAUGCGCGAAAGGUCGCCCAGGCGGCCCGCUCAAAUUUUUAAGCGAAGACGAGGAACACCCGUGGACAACAGGGAGAUGGUAAUUCCGCUGCAUAGUCCGCGUGAAUUGGGCUUUGGUUUCCUUUGGGCUUUUAUUUAUGGCUACGACCCCUAUAUUCCUCGUUAUUGA